AUGGCCACGGAAAAGAAUACUUCCGAUCCUGAUAUCAGGCGAUGCUGGAAUUAUGAUUUCUGUUGGACCCCAGAACACCUCACCCAUGAACAAAUGCAACCUCUCCGCCACACGAUGGAUGACUUAGCAAGCGAUUGCAUAGAGCCACUGACCAAGCUGGCAUCCAAAGACAACAUUUUAGGGGACUCUAAGCCCAACCCUACGAAGUUGGAUAUGUAUGCCUUGUUGAGUGACAACCAUGAGAAACAUGACGCUCUCACACGACUUUGGGGGCAGAUAAACACAGUCCCUGAUUGGGUUGAUUGGGCCCAAAUUGAAAGGGGACAAAAAGUGUACUAUCGAUAUGGCCAUUCAAUGGGUAUUGCGCUCGCUUUCCAAAGCCUACUAGGAGGAAUGGGCUCUGGUAACAUUGUGGAGACCUUGGGUCGUACUGGUGGCUUCUCAGCAAAGGUUGUGCGUCACCGACUUCUGGAAACACUUCAACACACUCUUCAGGUCACGAAAUCAGUAGACUCCAUUCGCCCAGGAGGUGACGGACAUGUUUCAACUGUCCGUGUGAGACUGUUACAUGCAUUGGUUCGCAAUCGAAUUCUACAGCUCGUUGAGAAACGUCCAGCAUACUAUGAUGUCGCAAAGCAUGGGAUACCCAUCAAUGACCUAGAUUCCAUCGGCACAAUCUGUUCAUUUGCACCAGCAGUCAUUUACAUUGGUUUGCCCCGGCAGGGAAUUUUCAUGACCGACCAAGAAGCAACGGAUUAUACAGCUCUAUGGCGCUUAAUCGCCUACUACAUAGGAACUCCUACCGAAUGGUUUGAAACUCCAAACAGAGCACGUGCCAUCAUGGAAUCGUUAAUGGUGGCGGAAAUCAAUCCGACUCGUAUGAGCGGGGUUUUGGCGAGAAACAUCAUUCAAGGAUUGAAAAAUACACCACCUCUAUACGCUUCUAAGGGUGUGUUGGACGGGAUAACUCGCUCGCUCAUAGGCAACGAAUUGUCAAACGAACUAGGAAUAGGAAAUCCAGAUAUAUUCACAUGGAUUUUCGUCGGCUGGGUCUUUAUCUAUGCUGCUACUUUGACCUACGUUUGUCGGUCAGUACAGACUCUUGAUGAGAAGCAUGUACAGUAUAAUAGGGAAAAGUUCUGGCGCCUCUUGAUGGAUGCCAAAACUGGGUUGGGAAAGGAAAGCAAUUUCGAUUUUAAAUAUGUCCCAACUGAUGAUAAAACCAAUUGA